AUGUCCAAAAACAAAGACCCCAACUCGCUUCUAAAUAUCCAACAUGAUUACAUAUACAACAAGAUCAAAGGUAUCCAACAACCAAAGGAGAUCUACAACUUGGUGAUUGAUAAAAAGGCGGAAACCAUACUAUAUAAGACAUUCACCAAGGAACAAUUGUUACGAAUAGUGGCAUCAGUGGAACUUAUUGAUUCCGAACGAAGGAAAAACACCUACAUGACUGCCAUAUACAUGGUUGAACAGUCCAUCUACAACAUGAAGUGUAUAAUGGCUGAUGUAACUACCAAACGCUACAAAAAGGGGAUGACAUUAUUUGCCUAUCAAGAUGAAGAUGUUGACCCUAAAGCAACAAAGUUUUUCAACAAUAAAUUUCUUGCCAAUCCUAGUGUUGUUGAUUAUUUGGCCUAUAUUGGACGUAUUAACUUUGAGUACAAUGCGGUUGAAACUAGGGUGUUUUUAGCUGAUGACAAAACUCCCAACUCCAUGCCCAUUUAUUACAACCAAAAUGUAUUAGAUUUCGUUAUGCCACAGAUUAAGCUUGUUGCCAAGUGUUUGUUAAAUGUGAUGAUAUCUAUGGAAGAGUAUCCCUUUAUCCGGUUUUAUCGACCAAUGGAUGCCAAUUACGAUGCACAGCGAUUACCCGAAUUGAUUGCUAAUGAAUUUCAAAUGCAAAUGGACGAAUACUGUCGUAGCAAUCAAAACUACCCUACGCCAGAAGUAUCGGCUAAAACCAGGUCAAUCUUGUUAAUUACCGACCGUACUAUUGAUCUAUUUGCUCCAUUGUUGCAUGAAUUCACUUAUCAAGCGAUGGCGAUGGAUAUAGUAGAAAGUUUGGAAAGAGAUGGCGUUUUCAGGUAUCAGAGCGAAAAUGAAAAAGGUGAAGUCAAGGAUGUUGAAUCCACUUUAGACAAUGAAAAUGACGAAGAUUGGAUCAAUUUACGACAUUUGCAUAUUAUUGAAAGUUCAGAAUUGAUUGUCAAUAAAAUAACUGAAUUGAUAAAAAAUAACCCAUUAAUGAUUGAUCGGUCCAAGGCAAAUACAUCAUCCGACUUGAUGUAUAUUGUUGCUCAUUUGAAGGGGUUUGAUGAAGAGAGGAAGCAGUUGACUCUACACAAGUCGCUUAUUGACAAAUGUCUUGAUAUAAAUGCGCUGAGGAAAUUGGCAGAGUUUGCUGCUGAUUUUGAGCAAACUUGUUGUGCUGAUGGUGUAAGUUUUGAAGGUGAGAGAAACAAGCACCUACACGAUGAUUUAAUUGUCCUUUUAGCAAGAGAUGAUUUGCAUAUAAAUGAUAAAAUGAGGUUGAUUUUGAUUUACGCUUAUUAUAGAGGUGGAUUGAUUCGAGCCGAUUUUGAAAAGUUGAUUAAAUUUAUCGGUGUUGAUGAUCGUCAUAUUACGGGAUUAAUGGAGAGAUGUUUUAAUAAUGUUGAUAAAUUGGGAUUUCAAUUGUUUAAAACCGAAAUCAAGGAUAAAGCAUUUGGAAAGCAGUAUUUCCAUACGAUAAACAAUGAAGGAACUUACAACACUAGUAGAUACAUACCCGGAAUCAAAACCAUUAUGCAAAACGUUGCCAAGUAUUCAUUGGACAGAGAAUGGUUUCCAUAUUUCCGUGACAUUCCUUUAGACGACGAGGUCGUAACUACUGAGCCAAAGGGGUCAGCCAAGAAUGAUUUACAUCUGAGUGGUACUUUAAGAAACCCCAGGAUUAAAGCCAGUUGGGCAUCACAGUCUGGAGCAUCGGCAGCAAAUCUGUCUAGAUACGGAAGUGGCAGUCACAAGCAGAAACAACGUAUAUUCUGCUACGUUGCUGGUGGAAUCACAUAUAAUGAAAUUCGUUCCAUUUAUGAAUUGUCAAAUUCAUUGAAUAAGGAAUUUUAUAUUGGAUCAGAGCUGAUCUUACGUCCAAGAGACUUUCUCAUUGGGUUGCAAAAUUUAAGUAAAAACAAGACUUUGGAGGCGUUGGAUUUGAAUAUAGUGAAGGAGUCGCUAAAGAGUGACGAUAUACCAAAUUACUUGUACAACGAUGGAGGUAUACCCAGAUCCAUUCCUCGCCAGCAAAGUUCAAGUCAGCAGGUUCCCACAAUGAGAGGAACUGGUUUUGCACAGCCGCCACAACAGGAAAGCCAGUUUGGGCAAGUUUCGUCCUUCCAGCAGCAAGUUGAACAACAGCAGCAAAUGUAUGCAAAAGCGCAUGGAGUUAACAGCAAUUCUGGAUCAUCUGGCAAUGGCGGUGGGCAUUAUAAAAAGAGGAGCUCAAAGUCAGGUAGUGCUGAAGCUAGUAGUGCAACUACUGAAUCAGUAGAUGGAUCGAGUUCUUCUUCUGGUAAGCGAUCAAGAUUGAAGAAAUUGUUUAAAUAG